AUGAGUUUGUCAGCAACAGCUCUGCAAACUAUGCAAAGUGUGGGGACCAAGAUAUAUGUUGGCAAUUUGCCGGAUAGAGCACAACCUGAAGAAAUUAAAAAGCAUUUCUCUAAAAUUGGCAACGUUGUUAAUAUGGAGCUCAAGGGGAAUUACGGAUUUAUUGAAUUUGAAGAACGUCGGAUGUGCGAUGAGGCAAUCACUCAACUUCAUGGUUCCGAGUUUCAAGGCUCACAAUUGCGUGUAGAAUAUGCAUACGGCGAGACCAAGACUAGCGUCUAUAAGUAUAGGGCAACGGAUAUAUGUUUCAAAUGCGGUCAAGUUGGACAUUGGGCACGUGAAUGUACUAGUUCAUUUACCAAUGGGCGUGGAUUAAAUACUCGUAAAACCAAUAAUCGUUACGAUGAUCGUCGAAUAACCGAUACUUUCAUAAGAGAACCUUACAACCUAAGAGAUGGACGAAGCAAAUAUGAUCGUGGCGAUGAAAGAUACCUACCUCCUCCAACUCUUGAUCGUAACUAUGACCGUCUUCCAUAUGAUCGGUAUGCAAGAGAAUCUGAGUUAGAUUAUAGAAGAGAAUAUCGUGGCACUUAUGAUAGAGGAGGCUAUGAGAGAGAGCGAGAUAGGCCUUACGAUCGAACUUAUACUGAUCGUAAUUAUGAGCGUUAUAGUCGGGAUCCAUACGACCGUGUUUAUUAUCCUCCCCCAAGAGAUGGCUAUGAAAGAGAAGGUUAUGAACGUAGACCUUUGCCUCCACCAGAUGUUGCUCCUUAUCCUGCUCGAGGAAAAACUGGAUCCCCACUACCACCCCGUCGUCCAAGUUACGAACGUCCAGGUAUAAGAGAAGCGCCACUCCCAUCAUAUCGUGGUCGUUCUCCCUCACCACCACCUCGUUUUACUGACAAUUUAUUCGCACCUCCUCCCCCUUCAUUGAGACCAUUAUCUCCUCGUGCAGGUUUAUAUAGACGUCGAUCUAUGAGUCCAUUAAGAAGUGGUAGAGGCCCUCUUCCAUAUACUGGACGUCCGAGGUCGCCUAGUCCUAUAGGUAGACCAUUACCUCCAAGACGUGACGGUGGUGCUGGUGGUCCUGGAACUCCAACAACUCCUUCUAGGCGUUAA